UGUUUAUUACUUGCUCUACUAAGUUUUUUAUAUCUUUUAAAAAUUUAUAGUUAGAAUAGUAUUAAAAUAAUUUAUUACCUAAUUAUAUAUUUUAAAAGGAAAAUAAUGAAUUACCUAUUGAUAAGUAAUAGUUAUAAAUUACUUUAGAUCCUUUAGACUUGUGCCGAUGUACUAAACGGCCCUUAUUUAUAUUAUAGAAGGGUUUUUAAUUAUUUUAUCAUGAUGAUCGGAAUGCGAAUGAAUGCAUUUAAUGAUUCGGGUAUUGGAGAACCAGAGCAAGAUGCAAAUUCAGCUCUUAUUGAACUUGAUAAAGGAUUACGUUCCAAUAAAAUUGGAGAACAAUGUGAAGCAAUUGUACGUUUUCCCAGACUUUUUGAAAAAUAUCCAUUUCCAAUUUUGAUAAAUUCCCUUCUUUUGAAAUUGGCCGAUGUAUUUCGUAUGGGAAGUAAUUUCUUACGUGUUUGGGUUUUAAGAGUCUGUCAACAAAGUGAAAAACAUUUAGAUAAAAUAUUAAAUGUUGAUGAAUUUGUUAGACGAAUAUACAGUGUUAUUCAUUCAAAUGAUCCUGUUGCCAGAGCAUUAACUCUUCGAACUUUAGGCAGUAUCGCUGGCAUUAUUCCUGAACGCCAACAGGUUCAUCAUAGUAUUCGAAGAUCUCUUGAUUCUCAUGAUUCAGUUGAAGUUGAAGCUGCAAUUUAUGCAGCACAAAUGUUUGCUGCACAAUCAAAAUUAUUUGCUGUUUCAAUGUGCAGUAAAAUAUCUGACAUGAUUAGAGGACAAGCAACUCCGGCGUCAAUGAAAUUGCAACUUAUACCAAUUUUACAAUAUAUGCAUCACGAUACUUCUACAGCUUCAAUGGUAAAUGAAUUAUGUAUGGAAUUAUUGGGAAGUUAUCCAGCAGUUGAAUUUGUUAGAGUAACACUUAGUGCAUUAACAACUUUAGCAUCUGCAACAUUAAUUGAUGUUCCUGGCCAAGUGGCUUUACUCUUACAAUAUUUACACGAUGAUCCACGAGUAUCGAUUAAAAGACAUGCUCUUCAUCAAUUGCAUUCGUUGGCUCAAAAAGGAGCACAUCUUUGGCCACAAGGCGCUUUGACAAAUUUAGUCGAUAGUACAACAAUACUUUUACAAGAAGGAACAGCAAAUUCUGAUCUUUUGGUUCGAACUUUAGAUGUAAUCGAGGUUUUAAGUCAAAGUGCUAUAACUUGUGAUGCGAAUAGACUGGAAGAUAGUCCAUUAUUAGCACUCUGUCUAAAUGCUUGUUAUUCUCCGGAUCCUAUUGUUGCUGUCAAAGCUGUGACAAUUCUCGCUAGAAUUGCUUGCUAUUGCUAUGAAGAAGAUUUGCAAGAUUCAACUGCACUUUCAAGAAUAGAGGAAGUAAUUUCUUGCCUUGAAUCUUUGAUUAUGCUAUUGGCACUCGAUGAUAAAUAUUUAUAUCAAUUAAAAGUUUGUUUACACUCAACUGUGAAACUUUGUCAAGCACAACGUAAUCAUUGUCCUGAAUUUGUCGAUGCAAUUGGUUCUACUUUGAUUAGUGAAAAUUCAGAAAAUCGACAAAGUGAUAAUCAAACAAUUGCAUUGUGUGAGGCAUUAGGUGCAAUUGGAAGUCUCGGGGAAAAUAUUCUUCUUCCGCUACUUCCGGAUAUUUUGUUGAAAUUGAGACAAACUACUCACGUUCAUAUAAAGUCAAUGCUUUGUACGAUUCUUUUUCAAAUAAUCGCGUGUGGUCACGAGUGGAAUGUCGAAUGUUUAGAGGAAAUAGAAAAUGUCAUAAAAAAUGUGGAUGGAUGGACAAAAUAUCGAAUUGGUCGCAGUGCUGCAAGAUAUGGACAUCAUGAAAUUGCGACACGUAUUUUUAAAGAAUUAAAAGAAGCCGUUGCAUCGGAACAAUUACAUUUUUGGCUUUCUGGAUUGGAACUUGUGACAAAUGCCGAAGCUCAUUUAAUGGUGGAUAUUAAAGAAAAUGAAUCAAAAAGUGGUAUUGUGGAAAAAUUAAACGGUGCAAUUUCACGCUAUUCAAGUGCUUGUGCUUCUUUAAAAGCAGCGAGUACACCUCUUCGAAGUCUUCAUUUUCGUAGCGAAUAUGCAAAACUUCGUUGUGAAUUUCUUCAAGCUUUGGUACAACUUCUACAUGCUUGCAGAUGUUUGUGCACUGCGCCUCCGUAUGCAAUCGCUGGUCAUGAAGCUUUAACAAUAAAAGACGAUCUUCAAAGAUAUGGUCGUGUUACAUUUCAGCUUAGAAAAUCGGUUAAAGAAUUUAAAACCUGUGCUGAAAAUUAUCAAAAACUUUAUGAAUCUGCUUUUGAUGCUGAUCCGGAAUCUCUUGAUAAUAUUAGAGCUCUUCAAGAUAUGUGUCAAUUAAUGGCAAAUAGUGUCGAACGUGUUUGUGGAAAACCAACAGUAUUUAAUAUUUAUCAAUCGAAUGAAGGUGAAUUUAAUUUUGGCAGUACGGUUGAAAUGCGACAACUUUCUCGAUGUUGUUCAAAAUUACGACAAUUGGCACCGUCAAAUGAAAUAAAUGAUGUUGCAGGAAUAACACAUUUAAGAGUAAAUUGUCUUAUAUCACAAGUGUCAUUAUUGGCGGGGGGAAAAAUGAGACUGCCAAUACCACGUUAUUUUUUCCAGUCAUUACAAAUGACGAGUGUUAAAUUAUCAGUAUCGCCACAACCACGAGUUUUAGGUGAACCAGUUUCUGUUCCACAGGGAAGUCAAUUGGCAUUAAAAGUUGAAGGUGUAUUGAGACAUGGACCAAAACCAUAUUUGUUUCGUUCAGUCAGCGCUGUUCGUAUUUCAAUAUCAUCGACGCCACCAUCGAAAAUUAAUUCAGAUCAAAAGGAUUCAAAUAUCAAUGAGUUGCAACAAACAGUAAUACCACAUAGAGAUUUCUUUGCUUGUGAAUUUUUAUUAUCACUUGGUAGUCCUGUUGCAAAUGUAAAUAGUUGUACAAGUAAUUCAGGUGGUGGUGGUAAUUAUCAAGUAACAGCGAGUGCAAGUUUAAUUGACAAAAGUGGUAAUAUUUGGAAAUGUGGACCACGUUCAACACUUCAAGUUCGAGUUCACGAGGAACCAUCAGCAAAACGAAAAAUACCUUGAUUUCAUUUUGGAUUAAAGGUAUAAAUUAUCAUUAAAUGAAAAUAUGUAUAGAUAUAAUUUAUAAUAGAAUCGACAAUGAAACUAAAUUUUUAGUUUUUAAGAUUAAGAAAAGAACAUUUUAUUCAUAUAAAAUAUUUACAUACAAUAAAAUGGAAUGUAUAUGAAAAUGAAAUUUAACUUGUGCAUUAUACAAGUUUUGAAUUAAUACAAAUUUUUAUACAUCUAA